AUGCUUCAAAAAACCUUCAGCGUGCUCCUGCCUCUCGGCAUCAGCUUGGUGAAUGCCGACCUCUCCGGCACCGUCGGGCCCACCAGCAGCUUCGUGCACAAGGCUGAUGUCAUGCUCUGCGACGUCACGGACUACGGCGCCUCGUCCAGCGCAGACUUUGGACCAGCUUUCACUAGCGCUUGGGAUGCCUGUGCUGAAGCUGGUGGUGGCCUCGUGUACAUCCCCCCGGGCGAGUAUCCCAUCUCGACCGGUGUGAAUGUCAAGGAUGCUGACGACAUGGCCGUGCAGUGGGACGGCACUGUCUAUCGCGACGGUGACGUCUCAGGGGACUACUUCUUCUCCUUCACUAACCUUGUGAACUUUGAAUUGUUUAGCGGCAAUUCCAAGGGUGCCCUCCAAGGCUAUGGUUACGAGUACCUCAAGGAUGGCAACUACGGUACGCGCUUACUCCUGUUUCACAACAUCAACAAUGCUUCUAUCCACGGUCUCACCCUGGUCGACUCACCCGCUUACUACGUCGUGAUUAAAACCUGCACAAGCCUCGAAGCGUAUAACAUGCUCAUCCGUGGUGUGUCAACCAUCGGUGAGACUGACGCCUUCGACGUCUCGGGUUCUAAUAUCUGGGUCCACGAUGUCGAAAUCACCAACGGUGACGAGUGCGUCACGGUCAAGUCACCAUCCUCCAACUUCCGCAUUGGCUCUAUCUUUUGCAAUCUGAGCGGCGGCACGGCCAUUGGUUCCCUGGGUAGCGACACUAUGGUCCAGAACAUCACCUACCAGAACCUGUAUAUGAACGGGGCCGACGCGUGCUUCAUCAAGACCAACGGUGGCAAUGGCACUGUCUCGUCCAUCAGCUGGGACACUGUCUACGUUAAUGGCAGUGCCUACCCCUUAGCCAUCGACGAAGCCUGGGGCGAUGCUGGUACUGGUAUUGGUGUGCAAAUCAGUGACCUAAGUUUCAAGGACUGGUAUGGAUAUAACUCCGAUAACUCUCGACCCACCAUCCGCCUUGAAUGCGAUCCCGACGUGCCUUGCUACGAUAUCAUCCUUGAUGGCGUCCACCUCUGGACCAGCGACGGGGAUUCUGUCGAGUGGAGCUGCCAGAAUGCCUACGGAUCUGGGGCCUGCUUGAAGAGCGGCUCCACGUCGCUGAGCACCUAUACCACUUCUUCCAUUGUGUCGACCGUAUCGAGCUGGUCACUGCCCGGUACCAUGGCCGGCGAGUUUACAUCCGAACUCAGUCCCACUGCGUCCUUUACGAUCCCCCCCUUGGCGACCUCCUUUUUCCCUGGGCAAACGCCGACAUCGACCCUUCUGUCCUACUCUGGCCCCGCCACCUACGGCGCUGUCCAAGGCUGA